AGCGCCUGAGCUUGUGUCGGGCCCGAAAUGGCAUACGAUCAUGUGUGGUCUAGCCCUUAAUGGCAAUAGUAAUGGUGAGGUAGGCCACCCUCCAGUCCCGCAACACACUGGCGUGGAGACGGCGGCCUACCUUGCCCCUGUAAAGACCGUGCUAGUGCUGCCCUCUACCAACCGGCGAUGAAAGUUGACGACGGGCAGCAGAACCAGUUCCAGCUUAAUAUUCUUUAUCUCCAAGAUGUUCUCAGCUGUUAGCCUUCUUGGCAGAUGUGCCACACCUGCAAAAUACUUUAACUUCUGGGUUCUUAGAGGAACCAGCACGUCAAAAUUACAUCAUUGCUCGUCAGUCACUCUAUCGUAUAGACAGUAUUCUCGACAGCCCUCAAACGAAAAUUCGAAUACACUUACAGAAGUAAAGUCCUCUCAGGGUUCUGAGGUAUCAACUGCUACAGCUUUUGAAACAGUGAAAGAAACUACCAAAACAGCUGGUAACCUGGGUGUAAUACUCUUCGGUGUAGGAAUUACUGCGUCCAUAUUAUGGGCGAUUUUCCAAGAGCUUUUUUCAGGAAAUAGUCCGAAUAACAUUUACUCCAGUGCGUUUGACAAAUGUAUUGCAGACUCAAGAGUUAAAGACCACCUUGGUGAACCUAUUAAGGCUUAUGGUGAAGAGAACAGACGAGGGCGUAGGAAGCAUGUUAGCCACAGCGAGUAUCAAAUUAAUGGGCAGAAACAUAUGCUUCUCAAAUUUUACAUUCAAGGAUCUAGGAAGAAAGGGACUGUUUAUGUUGAUAUGGUAGAGGAUGAAAGAGGAAAUUAUCAACGCAACUUUUUAGCUGUGGAUCUAGAUGACUUUGCAAGAACAAAAUUAAUAUUGGAAGACAACAGACAGGAACAGACAAAUCCGCAGGCAUCAGAGUCUCUCCCAACUUUGUAUUAACUUUCUCCAUCAGAUGUCCGCUUGAUUAAUUUUGAAGUUAUGUACAAUGAAUAGAAUGCAAUCAAGUAAUAGUCAAUUUGAAAACUAUUAUGUCUUUUAAUUCUCACUUAUAAAUAACUAAUUCAAUUUUUCUA